UUUAUCUAGUCACCGAUUUAACACUUGAUGUCGGACUUCUUGAACGUGUCUAUGAAGAUGGUAGUUAUUUUGAACAUGAUGCAGUUAAUAUUGCUAAAAAUAUAACAGAAGCUAUUGCGUAUUUACAUGAUAAUGGUGUUAUUCAUAGAGAUCUUAAGCCAGAAAACAUCCUUUUCAGAACGAUUGAUAAAAAUCCUGAUUUUGUUAUUACUGGCUUUGGGUUAUCUCAAAUUAUUGAUCCUGAAAAAUUUGAUGUUCUUACUACUAUAUGCGUUAAUCCUGCUUAUGUGGCACCUGAA